AGCAACCUCUCCGUGACCGGUACCAUCCAGGACGUCUUUGCCAGCAUCCAGCAGGCCGACCCCGACACUGCCACCUCCAUCCAGGAGCAUAUUGAAGCCAAGAUGAACACCACGCAGUCCGUGGCUGACAUCAACCUCUCCUCCUCCCCCGCCGAGGAGACGGGCGACAUCCCCACGAACUACUACUGCAACGUCCCCGGCUGGAGCCAGUGCUCCAUCAGCUCCGUCUUCACCGGCAUGUACUACCUUGACGGCAUCAGCGGUCACCCCACCAACGGCCCCGGCCCUGGAAACUGCGGACGCGUUUCCUGCUCCUACGAUGCGGCCAUCUGGUGGUGCAAUGAUAACUCGGUUUCUAAGACCCUUGACUACUUCGGCAUGAUCUCAGGCGGCGUCGCUGAUGUCCUCAAGCACUGUGAGGACUCCCUGGCAAGCAAGGUGAAGGGUCAGCAGUUCUUUAACGAUGGAUGGAACGUCAUCGUCCGAGAGCAGUCCUGCUAG